GGGGGGGACAACAUCUAGGGCUCGGUGUUGCUAUGGCGACGGGCCGUGGCUGGGUCCUGCGGCAGCACUGGGCGCUGGCUGGCCCCGCCAUGCGGGCCAGUAAGAGGUCAGGAACCUUCACCGCUGUGCCUGUGAAAAUGCCUGGUACCCAAACUGUCCAUAUUCGAAGACAAUGUCACAAAUCUUCUGCAGCUUCAACAUCUUGUCUGUACAUUGAGAGUAUGCCAUCUGAGAUAUUGCUGAAAAUACUUUCUUAUUUGGAUGCUGUGACCCUGUUGUGUAUCGGAUGUGUGAAUUGGCGCUUUUAUAAUCUGGCCAAUGACAAUGUCAUCUGGUUCAAAAUCUAUUCCAGCUCUUUUCCAUGUAAAAUAAUUAAUUGGAAAACUGAGUCUAUAGAAACAACUACUGUCUCAUUGAGCCAUGCUACAGUCCAGGAAAAAAAAUUAGGGUACUGGAAAAAGGAAUACAUUAUGAAAUGCAAAGCAACUACCAAAACCGGAAUAAUUCAACUUCUCAGACCUAUAAACCUUUACACUGGCCUUCCACUUAAAACCAAGGAAGCUAUAAAAGCAUCUAAUUUGAGCUGGGUGAUCAUACUGAAGGACAGAAAUGGAAAGGAGCAUGUAGUGGAGCAGGUGGAUAUUAUUUUUAAUGACACAUCUGUUACUGUAUAUUGGUAUGGUACCAGUUGGCCAUGUUUAGACACUUUGUCAACUCUGGAAUUAUGUGGCAUGACACCAUUGCUGCUCGACCGAUGCAAGGUUCCAACCAAGAAUGGACCUCGGUGGUGUUCCCUAAUUGCUGAGUAUGAUCUUACUAGCUUGACUAAAGCCCCUACAGUGAUUGGUUCUGACAAUCUUGUUCAGCUUCUACAUCUGGAUCCAGGGCUGCUAAUGGGACUGUGGAAGGAAGGGAAUGAGAUUGCUUUUGUUGUGGCAAGUCUUCAUUAUCACCAGAUUAUUGAGAAAAGCACACUGGGCUCAUCCACUACACUAUAUGUCCUGCCUGCUCAUAAACCUAUACUGGAUGAUGUUGACCCAGAAUAUGGACUGCAUGGCUACCAACUACACAUUGACAUGCACAGUGGUGGGCAUACUUAUGUGUGUUCUACAUUUCGCAAUCUGUUCUGCAGAAAAGAUUACAUUCAAAAUGGAUAUUUGAAGAUUAUGGUUAUAGGUUUAAAAGAUAAUGCACAGCACUUACCUCUGAUUGGGAAAGUUGGAUUUUUCUGGAAAACAUCUGUACUUGAAGGCAAUAUAAAGAACUGUUACGUGAUGGAUAUCACAGUCUUGGAUGAAACUGAAAAACCCUUUUGGUGCUUCAGUGCUCCAGUCUGCAUGAGAGUGUCUUCUAAGACAUCUGGCCUUUAUGACUACAUGGGGUGUAUCUAUGACAUAAACUAUGUGGAUUCAGAUGGGAAAGUGCACAUUGAGCUUGUGUGGAUGGAUAACACCAAGGAAUAUUAUAUAGUGAAUCUAAUCCUUUACAUAAGCACCAAAAAAGUUAACAGCUGGUAUGGAACAAACUAUUGAAACUAAUAAUUUCUGCAGAUGACUUUUAAAAAAUGUUUCCUGCAGAUAACUAGUUUGGUUUUUUAUAAUUAAAAGUUCAAAUGAUUCUGUAAUCCAGAUGUUACAAGUUGUUUUAUGCUAUUUUUUUUCUGAAAAUUACUAAAUUGAAUCAUAGUUUCUCUUGUAGCUGGACCAUAGAUGCCUAAUAUCUGUGCCAAUUACUAGGUAUGAUGGGAGGGAAGA